AUGGGCUAUGAGAUGUGUGGAAGAAUAAAAGUUUACUUCUGCUUGCCUCACUUGGAUGUUAGUACAAAUGGACUGAUAGAAAUUACAGAUGAUGCACAAACACAAGCAAUGUUGCAGUUUUUAGGAAAUGGGCAGCAUUUCUUCAAGCUAUUUUUGGAUCAUGAUGACAGCACGAUGGGCACAGGCUUGGGAGCAGCUAGCAGUUCAGUUGGUGUGUUUGCACAGAAGGAUUCAGAUCUGGUGCAGCAAGAACAAGUGCAAAAUUAUGUGAUUUCCGAAGCAAACAGGAGGAGAAGGAAACAUAGUAAUGAAGAAGAUGUUGGUGCUGACAUGAGUGACCAUGAUGAUUCAGACUUUGAUCCAAAGGACAUGGUUGAUUCCGACUAUGAGAUAGAUGCAGGUGACGAUGAUUUGUUCGAGGAUAAUGUUGACAAUUCAGAGGAUGAGGACAUGAAAAUUCCUAAGGGGCAAGGCAUGGAGAAGGCAAAGGUUAGAGCAUUAGAAGCAAAGCAAAAGUUGAAGGAAAUGAUGGAACAACCCAAUUGGGAGGAAUGCAAAGAAGAGGACAUUGACGACGAAGGGCUAUGGGCGCCUCAUGAUGAAAAUUCAAGCUCAUUGCCUCCACCUAGAUACAAAACAUUUACCGAGGAAGACAUGGUAAAUCCUAUUUUCCAUGUUGGUAUGUGCUUUGAAACUCCAGAGAUGUUGAAAAAGGCAAUUAGAGCAUGGAGUUGCAUUCACAGACAGGAUAUCAAAUUGCCCACAAAUGAUAAGAAGAGAAUCAAUGCCAAGUGCUCUGCUGGUUGUGAAUGGAAUUUGUGGGCUUCAUAUUCUAGCAUUACCAAGUGUUUCAUGAUCAAGACCUAUAAUCCUAAUCACAGCUAUGGAUGUACCAAAACUUCUAAAGUUCACGCAUUCACUUCUAAUUUCUUGGCAGAGAGGUAUUUGGAGAGUUUCAGAGCAGAUCAAGACAUGAACAUGAAGAAUUUUUCAAGGAUAAUUCAAAAGGAUUGGAACAUGACACCAGGAAGAGCCAAGUUGCAGAGGGCUAGGAGAUUGGCCAUGAAGGUGAUUUAUGGUGACGAAGAAGCUCAAUACAAUAUGUUGUGGGAUUAUGCAAACGAGAUAAGGAGGAGCAACCCUGGUAGUUCUUUCUUUGUUGCCAUUGAUGAGAAUUCAAGGUUUAGGAGGGCUUACAUGUGUUUGGAAGCUAGCAGGAGAGGUUUUCUGCAAGGGUGUAGGCAUGUUAUUUUUGUUCAUGGAACCUUCAUCAAGACAAGAUACAGAGGUCAAUUGUUAACUGCUGUUGGAAUGGAUCCAAAUGACUGUAUAUUCCCAAUUGCAAUUGCAACAGUAGAGGUUGAAGACACAGCUAGCUGGACAUGGUUUCUUGAGACACUGAAAAAUGAUCUUGGCAUAGCAAAUACAGAGCCAUGGACAAUUAUGUCUGACAAGCAGAAGGGAUUGAUUAAUGCAGUCAAAGAAGUGUUCCCUGAAUCUGAACACAGAUUUUGUGUUAGACAUAUGUGGCAAAAUUUCCAACAGAAGUUCAGAGGUGAUGCAUUGAAGAACCAGCUAUGGAGGAUAGCAAGAAGCAGCACAGUUGCUAGGUUUGAGGCAAAUAUGGCAUACAUGAAGGUGCUCGACCAUGAUGCUUGGGCUUGGCUAGAGGAGCUUGAUCCACGGACAUGGGUUAGGGCUUUCCAGAAUGACCUGCCAAAGUGUGACAUAUUGCUCAACAACAACUGCGAAGUAUUCAACAAGUACAUCUUAGAAGCUAGAGAGCUACCUAUACUGUCUAUGUUUGAGAGAAUAAAGGCACAAGUUAUGACAAGAAACUACAACAAGCAAAAUGAGGAGAUUAAAUGGACAGGUCCUGUUUGCCCGAAAAUAAAGAAGAAGGUAGAGAAGAAUGUGGAAUUGGCAAACCAUUCGUACAUUGAUGGAGCAGGGGAUGGGCUAUUUGCAGUUUCAGAAAUGAACAACAUUGGAGCUGAUAUAAUCAUGGCUCUUGACGAUGUUGUGAAGACCACAAUUACUGGCCUCCUGAUCUGA